UGAAGAAACAUCUUGGAAUGAAAUGAAACAAUAAAAGAGAAGCAUCAGAGGAAUGAAGGAGGGGUUAAUUCUCUUAUCUAAAUUCUGAGCUGUGGAGGAUUAAUGUGGGCCGUUAUGGAAAGAGGUUGUGGCUCUAUUUUGGAGGGGGUUGAUCAGAGCGAGAGAGGGAGCGAGACAGAGAGAGGUGACCUUCAGCGUUCUCCAUAGUCUUUACAAUAAUGAUGUCUGCUGGGAUUCCACAUCUUCACUCAACAAGAUGCCCCCAUCGCCGUCAAGGUCAGUUGCCUGUAGGCACAUGUGAGAUAGUGAUGUUGAAUAGAGACAGCAGUCAACCCAAGCGCACUAUCGCCAGGCAGACAGCCCGCUGUGCCUGCCGGAGAGGACAGAUCGCUGGCACCACACGGGCCCGACCAGCAUGCGUGGACGCCCGGAUAGUGAAAAGCAAGCAGUGGUGUGAGAUGUCCCCAUGUUCAGAGGGUGAGAUCUGUGGACUGCUCUUCAAUCGCUCCGGAUGGACCUGCACCAAAGACGGCGGACGCAUUAAAACCGUCACGCCUCUGCCCAAGGAGCCGUCCUAAAGGAGUUCAGAUUGCCGUGAGGAGGUGAGUGGUGCUUCAGUUUGCUGACAUUCACAGGAGCGACGCCAAACAGGAAUCAUCCAUCAGCCCCCACACAUUUGUGUCCAUCCUCUCAUUUUGGAGCUAAAGAUAUCAGCUGCCCCUCUCCCCGUCACCCUCCAACAGGAAAUGGAAUCUGUGCACCAUAGUUGCAGUCAGUCAAGCGUCUCUACAGUUACAUGCAGGUCAUCGAGUCUCACAGUUGGGGUCACGCAACAUUUUCAAUCAAACCUUGACAUAAUUGAACUGUUUAAGUUUUGAUCUCAAAAUGCAUUAGCUAGGAGAACAUUUCACUUGCUUUCCAUCCAGUUAAACCGUCAAAGGAGACUGUUCGUGUACCUUUCAGACUAAGAUUACAUAAAUUCCUCGCGAAGAGCGGAAAGGCUGUUGCAUAAGACCCAUCUCGAAGGACUGCAAAUGCGUCUUCAGAGCAAGGACAUGUCAUCGAUGAAAGGCCAAGGAUUUGCAGGGACCAAUAAACGUACCACAGAGCUCGGGAUCUCUGUAAAAAGACAUAUUUUCCCAUGGAAUUGAGAAGCAGCAGAUGACUGAUGUAUCCUGUAGAUUUGACCUUACGCAGUUUGACCAUAUGGAUUGUGUGCUGUUGAGCUCUUUCUGAGAAUGGCAAUGCACUGAUGUCGUCAACUCUAAUCAUGGCUGAUUUAAAGAUUAGAAAACAAUGUGUGGAUGUCAUCUGUCCCUUCUUCUCUGGGGCGUCUCUUUCACUGCUUUUAAUGUCUGUCUCUAAUGGAUAUAUCAUUUCUAUCGAUACUUUAUUUUGACUGUAAAUUGACAUCUGCGAUGGAGUGUUGACCUAGAUAGGAAAUAAAGGGUAUGUUCAUGUUAAUGUGCACAAGGCUUUGGGGACUCUCUCUAUAUUGGGGGUCGUGCUGAUUUGCUGCAUAAAGUGCCCCUAUUAUGGAUUUUUGAAAAAUACCUUUCAUGCAGUCUGUAAUACAGCUCUAAGUGAAUGAAAACAUCAUGCAAAGUUUUAAAUCUGAAAGUGCACUAUGUAUAAAGUUAUUGUCUCUCAAAAGAAAGAGUUGACUCUGAA